AAAAGCAAGUAAAACCCCAUUGUAAUAGACCGAGAUUUCCUGGAGAAGAAGCAACAAGAUUUUGAAAACAAUAAAUACCCAAUAGGCAAAACCAAAACCCCAGAUCAAUAAUUGGAAAAAUAAAUAAAUAGUAGAAUCAGCAAGCAAAUCAAGAAAUACUGAACAAUGGAUGUGAUAAAGACACAGCAAAUAUCGGCAAGACCAAUAGAGAAGGUGAUAGUACAUCCGCUUGUUCUCCUAAGUAUCGUUGAUAACUACACUAGAGUUGCUAAGGAUACUCGCAAACGCGUGGUUGGUGUCUUGCUUGGAUCUUCUUUUAAAGGCACUGUUGAUGUUACCAAUAGCUAUGCAGUUCCAUUUGAAGAAGAUGACAAGGAUCCAAGCAUCUGGUUUCUUGACCAUAACUAUCAUGAAUCCAUGUUUUCCAUGUUCAAAAGAAUAAAUGCCAAGGAGCAUGUUGUGGGUUGGUAUAGCACGGGUCCAAAACUGAGGGAAAAUGACCUGGAUAUUCAUGGAUUGUUUAACGACUAUGUACCAAAUCCUGUCUUAGUCAUAAUUGAUGUCCAACCAGUAGAGUUGGGAAUACCCACAAAAGCUUACUGUGCCGUUGAAGAGGUAAAAGAGAAUGCCACUCAGAAAAGCCAGAAGGUGUUUGUGCACGUGCCAUCAGAAAUUGCUGCUCAUGAAGUUGAGGAAAUUGGUGUGGAACACUUGCUCAGGGAUGUGAAAGACACCACUAUUAGCACCCUUGCUACAGAGGUGACUGGGAAACUUACUGCUUUAAAAGGGUUGGAUGCUCGACUUCGAGAAAUACGCAGUUAUCUCGACCUUGUCAUUGAUGAAAAGCUCCCAUUGAACCAUGAGAUUUUGUACCAUUUACAGGAUGUGUUUAAUCUACUUCCAAACCUCAACGUAGCUGAUUUGGUCAAGGCUUUUUCAGUGAAAACAAAUGACAUGAUGUUGGUUACCUAUCUUUCUUCCCUUAUCCGAAGUGUUAUCGCUCUCCACAACUUGAUUAACAAUAAGUUGCUGAACAAAGAACAUGAAAAAGCAGAAGACUCAAAGCCAGUUGCUGUACCUGCUGCUGCUGGUAGCUAGACAUGGGAAUUUUAUUAGCCUGGAUUUCUUUGGUGAUCGUAUGUCCUCUGGAGAUCUGACAGUGGAGGCUGUUUCCCUCUACUGUACUCCCAGCUUUGGAGAAUCUUGUGGUUUUUUUAUAAGAGACAGGAAGAGUUGGUUAGAGAUUUAGUGCAAGACAUCCUCGUAUAUGUGUUUCUUUCAUUUACUAUAAUAUUUGUCCUUAAUUAACACUUGCAAGCUGAUGGAAAAUGUAUGCUAAUUCUUUGGCACCAGAACAUAGUAUGAUUUGCCCUUUUUCAAAUGAUUUAUAAAUUUUUUCUCCAGCUUAAGAUUA